UGCUGUGAUCCGUACAUUGAGACACGAUGUGUAUGACUAUAUCGACCCAUGUUUUAAAGUCUCCACCCAACAGUUGAUUUACUCGGGUCAGUUUCAACCAUUACCAACACACAACAUGCCUAAAGUUUGUGAGGCUGGGACUUUGCAAGAUGGGCAAGGCAACGUAUUUCCUAGUCUCCAACCCCCGCAAGUGAGACGUCCUCCAGGAAGACCCCGACAAAAGCGUAUUGAGUCACAAUUUAGCCAUAAGAGAGCUAUUCAUUGCUCUCGAUGCAAUGGCAUAGGUCACAAUCGGUCUAAAUGUAAUAAUCCAUUGCCGUGACAUGUUCAUUUCUUUGCUUGUAAGGUUUUCAUUUUGUGUACGAUCCCUCAUUGUUCCAUUAUUUGCUUUAUGGUCAUAGGGUUGUCGCUUUUGGAUGUUAUGUAUUGUCCUUAUUAUAGACACGAUGCACUAGCUUUUGAUUUUAUUUUUUAUAAGACUACUUUUUUAUUUUCAUGAUUUGGAGUUGCUUUCGUUACUGAUUUAAUUUGAAAUUGCACUUUCAAUGUGGUAUCCUUUAACUUGAUGUAUACUUUCACUUCCCUAUUUUAAGUAUGUCCUACUCACAUCAUUGGAUGCGUGCAUUUUUCUUAUCACUUAGCUGAACUUUCAUAGUAUUGUACUAUACUUGCUGUCUAGUUAUUCAGUUGGUCAGUUUAUCUGUGCAUUACAUUCUACUUUUCUAUGCCCAAUGAUGCAGUUAUAAUAUUAACAAUGGCUGGUAAUGGCUUAGAUGGUUCUGCUGCCAGUUCACUCCCACUCUCGGGCACAUCAAUGUUUACACGAUGCUCAGCUGCAAGAUUUAAGAAACUGUGCAACCGAUUACCAGAGGCAAAAAUUCAAGCCAUAAGAGACCUCCAAUUUGGAGGUCUCUUAAACUUAAACUGCACAGAGGUGCGCCACAACCUCUGUAUCUUUCUAAUCCAACAUUUCAAUGUUGGAUUUAGACGGAUAGAGUUCUCAGCCCAGAAACACUAUCCUGUUACAGCCACCGAUGUUGGCCUCAUUUUAGGCCUCCCAACAGAAGGACGGAACUUGCAGGUGACCUCCACAUCAUCAGAUCAUCCAUUUGGGACUAUUCGGGCAUGCGAGGAGAAACUCCUAGACUUACCUGUAGGCGAGGAGUUCCGUAGAGCAUUCAUUUACUACGCAUGUGCCACAUUGUUGGCCCCCACGUCUAGGCUCAAUGGUUGCCGUAACUUGUGGCAUACCAUCCAUGAGGAUGGAUUCCGAAAUGAUGUUAAUUGGGCCCAGUUUGUGCUUGACCAACUGGUUGAGGGAAUUAGGCGAUUCCAACAAUCUAAGACCUCUUGGGUACAUGGCUGCGUUUUAUUUCUUCAGCUGCAUUAUGUCAUUAAAUUCCAAAUUCCUUCAGUCCAAGUCCCCAUUACAGUGCCCCCAGCAUUGGCAUGGACUGAUGAUUUGAUUAAGCGACGACUAGUCGCUGAGAUAAAGGAGUUUGGAGCAUUUGGACAUGCUGAGAUUGAUUUUUGCUAA